GUCUUUGACAUCAUAGCAGUUUCCCAGCAACCUUGGCCAAGUGAAUAAUGAGCUCCUCUGUUCUGUAGGGUGAAGGGAGUAGGCUGAGAAGCAGGGAGUGUCCCCGGGGAGGAGGAGUGCCUGGCUGGGGGAGAGGAGCUGUGUUUAUAUCGCCUGUCUUGCUGAUAAACAUUCGCAUUCUAAAAGGGUUCUGGGCUGUUAUCUUCCUGAAUUUUCAUUUCUCUUUAAAAUUCCUUACAGUGUUGCACAGUUUACAAAGUGUUUUCAUGUACAGUUUAUCAUUUGAUGCUCAAAGUGACCUUCCUGAAAUAGGCAAGGAGAUCUUAAUUUACAAAGGAGGAAAUAGAAAUUCAGGAAGGGUAAGUCACUUGCCUUCCCAGUCCAGAAUUCUUAAUCCUUUUUAUAGACGGUUUAGGAGCAUUUAAAGUUAAUAAUAAUUCAAGUUAAUCCUCUUUUUUAGGCUCAGUAUUUGAUUUAUUAUUUGGUCAGAUUUAACUGAUAUUUUGAAACCUUUUAAUUUAGAUCCCACAGUUUGGAGGGGAGGGGAAAGGGUGAGAAAGGGGAUAGCUUUGCUCUGCGUUUGAGGUGAUUUGGACAUUGGCUUCUGCUUCUGAAGUCUUUCAUCUUUGUCUUCCCAAGAGGUGGAUUUAAAUACUCAUUUAAAGGAUGUGAAAGCAUAAUGACUGGUAAGGGGGUCAUUAACAAGCAGAGAUAGUAAAGGAGCAACAUUGUGGCUUUUCUCCCUGCCUUGUGGCCUCACCUGUUAAUAAGGACUGGACUUUUAUAAGUGCCACUGUUUUACUGACAGUGCAGACAACAUAUCUUUUGACUUUGAAGGAUAUCUCACAUCAAAGGAAUUAAGUUACGAUAUCGUAAAGGAUUCAACUGGAAUACCUUGGGGUGCUAGCUGGGAUGGUGAGAUGCAUACUGCGACAUGAAGAUUUUGGCCACUAGUUUCAUCCUUGGGAGCCUGGUGUUGGCCUUCUGCCUGCCUUUGGCGGUGACUUUGCCUAAAACACUGGCCAUCCCUGAGAAACUGCAAGAAGCUGUGGGGAAAGUUAUCGUCAAUGCCACCGCCUGUACUGUCACCUGUGGCCUUGGCUAUAAGGAGGAGACUGUGUGUGAGGUGGGCCCUGAUGGAGUGAGAAGGAAGUGUAAAUCUCAGCGCUUGGAGUGUCUGACCAACUGGAUCUGUGGAAUGCUCCAUUUCACCGCUCUCAGAGGGGAGGAAUUUGAGCUGAGCUGUCUGAGUUCAGACAUCCUGGAGGUUGGGCAGGAAGCUUUCCGGUUCACCUGGAGACUUGCUCGGGGGAUCAUCUCCACUGACGAUGAGGUCUUCAGACCCUUCCGGGCCAGCUCUCACUUUGUGAAGUUUGAGCCUGCGCAGGAGCGUGACUCCGGGACUUACCGGUGCGAUGUGCAGCUGGUGAAGAACUUGAGGCUUGUCAAGAGGCUCUAUUUUGGGCUGAGGGUCCUUCCUCCUAACUUGGUGAAUCUGAAUUUCCAUCAGUCCCUUACUGAGGAUCAGAAGUUAGUAGACGAGGGCCUGGAAGUGAACCUGGACAGCUGUUCCAGGCCUCACCGCCCACUGUGGAAAAGGAAGGUGGCUGUAGCCUUGGGAAUCGGAAUUGCCGCUGGAGUGGCUGCUGGUAUGCUGGUGAGCAUUGUCUUGUGCCGUGGGCUGAGGGUGAGUUACAGCCGUGUCAGCCUUAAGACCCUACCAGCUUUGCAUCCGAAGGGCUGGCUGCCCAGGAAGCUGGAUGGACUGCUUAGGAAGCCAAGCUAGCUUUUCAGGGGAGUGUUCUGACUGCCUGAUUGUGGAUCAGCUAAGAGGGAGGGCAUCCACUGCCAAAAGAGGGAGUGGGGGAUGUGGAGAGGGGCAACAUCAUGGCUGCUGUGGCCAAUAAUCUCAAACCUAGUGUCCCAGAUGGAGCUCUUCCUGAUCUUCCUGCCCACUAGGGACCCAGGAAACCUGACAGCAGGCAUCUCCCCCACUCCUGGGAAGAGUUCUGUCGUCCAAGCCGCCUUCAUUUUCUACCCUUUACAACUGGUAUGCCUCCCCACCUCUGGCUCACUUCUUCAGGCAGUAUAAUCAUGUAGAAGGAUAUAUUGAUAGCAUUUCCAGUGAAAACAUUUUUUUCCUCUUCAAUAAAAAUAUUUCACGGUAGCUCU